AUGUUCCGUCUUUGCUCUGCUUUUUCACGUUCUUCCAUGCUCGUAGCGAGGGAAAUACCUCGAUUUGGGAGUUGUGCCGCACUUCGACUCUUCUCUACUGAAGCGAAGGUGAGUGACAAGAUUACAAUGACAGAGGAAUGUGCAAAGCACAUUAUCAAAUUAGCAAAAAAGAAAAAUCUGCCCUUGGAUGGAAUUCGACUUCGCAUUGCUGUUCAAUCAGGAGGUUGUUCCGGUCUUCAAUACAAAUUCACCAUGGACUAUGACAAGGUUUACGACUAUGACACAGAGUUUGUAGAUCCUUCCGGAGCACGCAUUGUAGUUGAUACAGUAUCACUGCCUUAUGUAAAAGGAUCAGAAGUGGAUUGGGAAGAUUCGCUUGUACGCACUGGCUUUGUUGUGUCGAAAAACCCGAAUGCCGCAGAGUCGUGCAGCUGUGGAACAUCUUUUACGGCAGCAAAUGCGAAUCCUUAUGAGUGCAUUGUUUGUUUCAUGGAAACGUUUCAAAAAGUUGUGUUUCUCCCUUUCUCAAGAACGUUCCACACCAGAGGUGAAGAGAAGAAUUACUUAAUUCUCAUCUCCAAGUGGAGCUCACGAGCCCAGUUAUACUGUCUGGAAGUUAAGAGAACAUAA